AUGGCGAGACAUUUAGAUGAUGUAAUUAGCAUGGCAACAACAACACAGUUCCAUGUUAUUUGUCCCCUCGGCUUACUCUCAUGUGCAGACAGAGCAUCCGACAACAUAGCCACUUCCGGCAACACCCCUGCUGCCGAAGGUUGUGGAGGUGCCAGUUGCGGUGGUGGUUGUGGUCCUUGUGGAGAUUAA